AAUUUCCCUCUCUCAUAAAUUCAUAAGCCCCUUUCCUGGUUCUCUCUCUCUCUCUCUCUCUCUCUCUCUCUCUCAAUGACGAGAGGUGUCAUGUCCCUCCCUGCAGGACUCACCGCCGUUUUUGUUCUACUUAUACUGCUAGUCCAUCAAACUUGCGGCGCUAAGGACAGUGAUCACUGUGCUACCUCCUGCGGCAAUAUCCACAACAUAAGUUAUCCGUUUCGAUUGAGAGACCAGCCAGCAAACUGCGGCCACCGAAGGUAUAAUCUAUCAUGUGAGGACAAUCAAGCUGUGCUAUACUUAUUUGCCGGAAAAUAUUACGUACAGGAAAUUGAUUACAGUAACCAAGCAAUACGAGUUGUGGACUCGGGUAUUCAGAAGGAUAAUUACUCCUCUAUCCCUCAUUAUUUUCUUAAUGACUACAAUUUCUUAGCAUCCCAUUCUCAAUAUUAUCUGUCAGAGAGUGAUCCGAACACGAGUGCAGUGGCUUUUUUGAUGUGUGAAAAACCAAUGAAUAUUCCUGGGAUCUAUCUGAACAAAUCUAGUUGCUUUGAGAGUGGAGUGUUUUCUUCAAACUCUCCUAAUUUGACCCAAUCCAAGCUGGCGUUUGCUUAUGUUACAUAUGGCUGGACGAAAGCAAGCGAUAUUGUGGAUGAAUCAUGCCAAGUAGAGCAGAUUGUUUGGACAUCGGAGCAAGGCCUAUUACCAGAUCAUGAUCAAAGAAACUUUUCCUGUACAGACUACCACAACAUAUUGGCCUAUGGUUUUCAGCUUAGAUGGUCCAAUUUUUAUUGUACAGAUAUGUGUACUGGCAAACGGGUUCCUUGCAGCGACGUGGGACCAUGUAUUGGACUCCCUAAAGAACUAUUUUGGCUAUACAAAGGAUUCCACGCCAUACUACGUACUUUAUAUGAGGCUAUUGGAGAAAAGUUUUUACCACAGACAGACCGCGGAGAUGAAGUCCGUCGUCAGAUCAAACGUGAUUUAUAUUUUAGGGACAGAGUACUUUCAGUCCAACUAAUGAUUAUUCUCAUCGACUUCGGACUAUACCAUGGAGCAAAAGUUAUAUUGGCGACUCCAUUUGUGCUUGCAUUCUUGAUAUAUAAGUGGCGUAGGAGACAUUUAUCAAUGUAUAACGCUGUUGAAGAAUUUUUGCAAAAACACAAUGACCUCAUGCCAAUAAGGUACUCUUACUCAGAAGUAAAGAAGAUGACCAAAGGUUUUAAGGAUAAACUGGGUGAAGGUGGUUAUGGCACUGUCUUUAAAGGAACACUUCGAAGUGGCCGACAUGUAGCCGUAAAAAUGUUAGGAAAAUCCAAAGCUAAUGGCCAAGAAUUUAUCAGCGAAGUUGCUACCAUUGGAACAAUUCACCAUGUUAAUAUAGUGCAACUCAUUGGCUUUUGCGUUGAAGGAUCAAAGCGUGCUCUUGUGUAUGAAUUCAUGUCCAAUGGAUCUCUCAAUAAAUACAUUUUUUCACAAGAAGGAAGAAUUCUUCUAAGCUUUGAAAAAAUGCAUGACAUUGCUCUUGGAGUAGCUCGUGGCAUUAAAUAUUUACACGAAGGUUGUGAAAUGCAAAUUUUGCAUUUCGAUAUCAAGCCUCACAACAUUCUUCUCGACGAGGAUUUUACACCUAAGGUCUCAGACUUUGGCUUGGCAAGACUUUUUUCAACAGAUGAUAGCAUUGUUUCUUUGACUGCUGUAAGGGGGACAUUAGGAUACAUGGCUCCUGAGUUGUGCUAUCAAAAUAUUGGGCGCAUCUCAUACAAAGCCGAUGUUUAUAGUUUUGGAAUGUUGUUGAUGGACAUGACAGGUAGACGAAGGAACUUGAAUACAUUUGCAGAUCAUUCUAGUGAAACCUACUUCCCUACUUGUGUCUAUGACCAAUUGAGCAAUGAAAAUGGCAUAGAAAUAGAAGAUUCCACAGAGGAGGAAAAGAAAAUGACUAAGAAGAUGAUCAUAGUUGCAUUAUGGUGUAUACAAAUGAAGCCUAAUGAUCGUCCUUCAAUGAAAAAAGUCAUAGAGAUGCUUGAAGAAGACAUUGAAUGUUUACAAAUACCUCCGAAGCCUUUCUUGUCAUUAUCAGAGAGAUACAUACAACUGGACAUUGAAGAAAGUUCAAAUCAGUCUUGGUCAUCAAUUCAAUCAAGCGAAUCGAGUCAAUAUACACAAUUGCCAAUGCAAUUUAAAUGAUAUGUUAGUUUGUUGAUUUACCUGCAUAAAAAAGCUAGUCGCCCUAACCAAGGAUGGCAAUUUCUCAUACUUGAUAGUUCAAAUGUUCUUCAUAUUAUUAUAUAUGCAACAAAUAAGUGUUAGCAUUCUUUCA